AUGAGUAUGACGCAACUGCAUCCUGCCCCUAGAGAAACCAUCGUUCCAUCCCAAGCGCCAGAAAUUGCAUACAGCAUUACCCAGCACUACCACCACUCAGCCCACAGAGUCGCCCAGCAUACAGAGCAACCUUCAAGCAUUGAUAUUCUGAGACAUCACGGUCUUGACCCAAAUGCUUUUACCCAAGAUCAGCUUGCACUCUUCCAAAACGCCGAUGCAGAACAGAGAGAACGGUUGAUCCAGAUGUGGCAGCUCUACUCGCAGGUUGGAAAUGAAGCCAAUGCCUCUGCUGGGGACUUUGCUAUGCACGAUUCUGCCAUGGACGACAGUGCAGAUGGAAAUUCCUACGCUGAUGCUGAGCCGUACAUGGUAUCUGGUUAUGAGAACAUUGCCAAUCAAGCUUCUCAUCUCCCGAAAGAGCCCACCACUGGUGAAGCCUAUGUUGGCUCAAAAGACCCGGUGUAUCAAGGCCAGCAAUGGUGGGAGCUGACAAAAGCUGGUCCGAUGGAAUCAACUUACGGUGCGUUUGAAGAGAUGAGACGAUAUUACCCUAGCUGUGGUGUGUACCACCAUUAG